AUGGCCAAGAUUGCACGCCUGUCAGACGGCCGCCGAGCCCUCAUCCGGCCCCUCGCAGCGACUGUCGGGGUUUUCCUCCUCUCCCCUGCGAGCCUGACUGAGUUGCUUUUCGGGCAAGAAGCGAUGAACGGAGUUGUCUCAGUGUCUGCAUCUGGUGUCGACGCGGAAAUUCCGCCCCUGGGGGCGGAAGCCAGUGACGACGCGGCGGCGGGCUCAGCAGAUAACCUGGAAGAGGGGGAAGCUGAGGCGCCCGCGGGAUCCCUCGAAGACGUCUUUCAGAACCCCGAUGACAUCUCCGAUUUCUCUUCCCUUUUCGGCGGCGAGAAUGGACUGGUGACUCUCAAUGAACUGUUCAGCGAAGCCGGGGGGGGGCCGGGACUCGAAGAAGCCCUGAAGCUUAUAGGCGGCGGUGACGCUGAUGCACCCAAGCAGCUGGAGGCGCCGGAAGUUGCGGAACUGGCCGAAGAGGUUGCGAACAUGGCAGAUGGUGCCGUCACGGAGAACAGCCAGGCUCUCGACGCGGAGGGCGGUGACGCUCUCGGCGGGGAUAUCGCUGAGGCUGCCGGCGCAGCGAACGUUGAGGACCAGAUCGAGCAAGAACUCGCCGCCACGGACGACCUUGCGAAUGUACUGGACAGUCUCGACGAAGUCGCUGAAGUGCAGGAGGAAGCGAACGACACAGAGACCGAUCAGUCGAUGCAGUCCAGUCACGCGCGAGCCGGUUCAAAAAUGGGAUUGCUCAAGAAGGUGGCCGCUGUUGUCCUCUCUCUCCUCGCUGGGACAAGUGCAGCGUACUUUGGCCACAGGGCCCUCAGAAGACGUCAACCCGCCCAACCUGCCCCUGAACCCCCAGCUCCUGCAGCCACCCCGUAG